CUAAAAUGUCAUACUUUUUCUGAAUUGUGAAUGUUCAAUCAAUUGCUCGGCGGACGCUUCUUUCGUUACAUGAUGAAUCAAGUGAUAUCUUUAUCAGUAUUACUGGUCAAGGUGCGUAACUGAUUUGAAACUCCCUGAAAUGCCCGACCACAUGUCAGGCGGAGCGAUUGCUGCUCUGGUGCUUGGAGUAUUGUGCCUCAUCGGAUGUUUAGUCGCGCUUGUUGUGUGGCUUAUACGGUGUAGACAUUACUGGUCUUGUCAAAAACACACAAAGAUGUCAAAUCACGUUGAUGUCGAGGUACCGCGUGGAGCAGCCAAUCAGCUGUAUUCAUCCGAACCGAGUGAUUGUCGAGCGUCCUCGGAGUCAUGGACCAAUGAUUCGUUUGGAAUCCCGAAGACCAACUGGAAUAGCGCCUUGUCCAGUUCGUCGACUACACACAGACAAUCAUCCAGGGAAUCCGCAAAUUUCACUCGUCAGCAAACAGGCGUUGGGUAUAGUCACAGAUCCGUCAACUUUGGACACACUUGGGUUGAUUGCGUCGAACAGCCGUUUGGAACGGCUUCCGCGCCGUUCACAUUCGCAACACCAAAGCGGAGCGUGCAUGGCACUCAACAAACCGCGUGGUUUGGCCCAGAGAGAAUCUAUGUCGGAGACUGCAGCGGUGCGGAUAACAACGCGUUCAACCUCUAUCCCUCACUCUCAUACGUUCCUGAAAAGGUGGAAAAGACGGACCCAGAUCUUGCUCCUUGUCCAUCAGGUUCGAAAAAAGCCGGACGCGGUGCAACGCUGCGGAGGAAACUGCGGGCCAACAUGCAAAUGAUGGCCCGUGCGUCUCAGUCCGAAGUGUUUCGCUUCAAUCACCAACGUUCCGCCAAUAAAUCGGUUAAGCGGGAAUCGAAGCGUACAAAGCGCUCUAAACGAGGUGCUCGAAAAUCCCUCUCAGCGUUCACCUCUGAUUUGAGCGUGCUCGGCGACGAAGGUUACUACAACAUGAACGUGUCUUCAGAUUGUUGCAGAUUCGACGAUAUGGGGUCACUUGACAAUGACAACUUUCUAUACAGCCUGGAGAAUGCCGUUUUUCCUGGUUUGGUAGACACCAACUCCUCGCUGUUCCCAGUACACCGGAGAGAGCAACCGGAUUUCUGGUCCCAGAGACCCCACAAGCGAACAGGUUUAUCUGUCGUGGGCACAGCAUUUCCGGGAUCAGACUAUCGAACUUUGGCCAGUGCUGACCUAAGCUUGGGUUCCAGCGUGCCUGGGGCCUACUGGACCCCAGUCCCCCCCUUAAACAACACAUUCCGUUUUCCUGCUCCUGGUCCUCCCGUCGCUGGUUGGGCGCACCAGCUUGCUCAGACAAGUUUGCCCGGUUCAUGUAGACCUGCAUCGCCGGUUAAAGGCGAGGUACUAGCUACCGGAACCAUACCACCUCCAUUCAGCCCUGCAGAACAUCGAUCAAGAUUUUCUGAAAGCAAUUUGGGUGGACACACGUCAUCGACGGCCAUUCCUCGCCGUCGAGCCGCCCAAAAGACUAAAACACGCCAGAUGUCUGAACCAAGGAAAGAAACUAAACUCAUGGAAACAAGUGGUACCGAAUUAACAUACCAUUCACAACAAGGGCGAGAUAUGAAAGCUACUGACGCUGGGCAUCCUACGAGUUUUGGUUCGGAAACCACGUUGGCGAGUAUGUUGGAUACGACAGUGAUACAGUACACGCUACACAACAGUAGUGUGUCUGAUAACCCCAUGGAUAGUGGGUAUCACGAUUCGAUGAUAGACACUUCGCUAGACCUGUCGACUCAGUGUUCGAAUAGCCCAAAGCGACUGAUUUUACAUCAGACACAGGCAGGUAGAUCAUCGCCAGCUCAGCCUCCGCCGAUUGAGUCUUUUCUACUGUCCGAUGCCUUUACCAAAAUAGGUUGCCAUCCAUUAGAAGACACGGUAAAAACUAGCAGACAGUUUCGAGUCCAAUUAUCACGGGGCCGCCAACAGGGACGUUUACUGCGCGACCUCUCAGACAAAUUGACCGGGCAGUAUUUCAGCGCGCUAGCUGAUAUAACCACCUCUCAGAGUUCGAAUGGCACAAGCAAUGAGUCGGCAGACAGCAGAACCGUCAUGCUUUCCAAUCGUCCAAAAGAACGCAGUACAUCGGUAUCCAGACAACGGCCUUCAGAACCCGACCAUUCAAUUCAGCAGCAUUAUCGAUCACCAAGUUAUCCAGACUUCUACUCUUCCCAACUGUCCCAACAUCAGUCUUUUGUGCAACGGUCUGAUUGGUCUUCAGACACCAACAACCCCUCGGGGUUAUUCAGUGCAGAUCAAGAGAAUAUUGAACAACGAGGUUCAGUCCCUAAUACAUAAUAUUUUGCCCGGCGAUGUAUGAUGUUGAGACAACUUUGCGUAACUCUGUGAUCGAUUCUUUUGUUGACUUUACUCUUGUCAUACCGAAUCACCUGCGAUACGACUCCAACGUCUGCAUGUAUGAUUCUUUUGAGAAAACAAAGGUGAGGUAGAAACCGAAGAACACACUUUCCUCGUAGUUCAGAUACCAUAUAUUAUGGCGACGGAAUACGGUUACUUUCUUGCAAUAUCCCACAUUCUUGGAACUGCUGACGAAUCCAUGACAAACGCGUCUGCCAACACCACACCGCCUCUGGCUUGUUCAUUCAUUUGUGAACUGUGUGACACUUUCCGCCCCGCCCGCCCCCCACCGUAUCAAGAAGCCACAUCGGUUUGCGUUUUUUUCCAUCUGCAAUAUUUUCUUUGUAGGAGCUUAAGUCCCUACAGCAUUUUACCUUCCCUACAUCCAGACCCUCAUCAAACACCUCUUUGACGCAUCGUUCCCCCAGAGGUGCUGAUCACACAUUUUAUAACCAAACAACUCACCAUUUAAUCAAAUGCGAAUCUUAUUGUAGUAAUCAGAAUAAACAAG